GUGGAGAUUGAAUGGAACAUUGAGUGGAAACUGCAUCAAAACAGCAACACAGCUGUUCCCUCUGCCACUACAUUUCCCUUUUCUCGUUCAGAACCAAAGAAGAAACACACUCAACUUUCUGACAGUGUGCCAGUGGGAAAAUCAACACAUUGCAGGCGGCCAGUUCUGUGAGGAUGGAAGGCUGGUGCACAGCGGCAGCAAGCGAUCUGGAAAGCUCACAGGAUGUUCUGGCUCAUAGUGAGGGGAACUGAAUGUAAGGGUCGCGAGGUUAUGCUUCAGUUCUAGAGGAGAUUGGUGUUUCCACAUCUGCAGUACUGUACGGUGUUGCUCAACUAUCCUCAUAGAAGGAUGUUAAUGCGUUGGAAACAGUUUAGAGAAGCUGGACGAGUGGCUUUCUAUGUUGUCCCAGUUUCACCUUUGGAAGGAGAGACACUGGAACUGAAUUGUCAGCGCCAAUACUAUUAUUGGAGGACAAAGCAGGACUUUACCUUUUAUAGAAAUGGAAAGAAGAUCCAUUCAAUGAAGUCUACAACAGAUGAAUUUUCAUAUCGCAUUAAAGUAAAAAGCACCGAUGACAGUGGAUUGUACAGUUGCAAAAUUGAUGGGUCAGAAUCACAACAUGUUCACGUUCAAGUUCAAGAACGCUUUGCCAAGCCCGUACUGAGGGUGGAGCCGGCGGCUGAAGUAUUUGAGGGGCUCCGGGUCACGCUGACGUGCAUUGCUCGGAGAGCACGGCGCUCCAUCUGGCUUCACUACACAUUUUACAGAGAUGGCAGCGCCCUGGAGACAGCGCCGGAUGCUGGCGGUGUGUACACGAUCAACGCAGCAGCUGCAAACGUUUCUGGGAAUUACGCCUGUGAAGCGAUCGAGACAAAUUCUGAUCUGUGGAAGAGGAGCGACAAUGUUCACAUUUCCGUUAAAGAGGCAUUCGCUGUCCCUAAGCUGACCGUGUAUCCUGAGGGACAGCUAGUUGAUGGUCAAUGGUUUAAGCUGAUGUGCUUGGUUGAAGAGAAUCUCUCCGAAGCUUCCUUGCGGUACAGCUUUUACAGAAAUGGGAUCCCUAUCCAGUCUCCGUCCGACCACAGCAAUUCCAUCUCUGAGCCAGCUCGUCCGGCCGACUCGGGUACUUACCAUUGCGAAGUUACGGGCAGUAAGGUGCGGAAACGCAGUAAUCAGCUCCAUUUGUCCAUCAGGCGAAUUCCAGUGUCAAAGCCAGAACUAGUAAUUCAAUCAGGAAAGGAGCUAAUCGAAGGAGAUAUGGCAUCCUUAAUCUGUUCAGUCUCCAAUGGCUCUCUGCCGAUUUAUUACCAAUUCUACAAGGGCUCAAGUGUGGAGCUGUACUGGGAGCUUUCCAACAGUACUAAGCUUGUUUACAACAUUGAAACCAUCAGCAGAAAAGACAAAGGGAUUUACCAUUGCUCGGUGAGAAAUGAGGUGACAGGCCCUUUGCACAAUGAAGACAUAGAGAUCACAGUGAUAGUUCCUGUCUCAGGUGCUGUGCUGAUACCCCGCACCAACGGGACUGAGAUACAGCCCGGGGACCGCCUUGUUCUCCGGUGCCUGGUGAGGGAAGGCACUGAGCCCCAGUUCAUUUGGUACCGAGACAACGUGCCGCUAAGGAACGGCAGUGCGAGCUCCCAUGUGACUGCCGAUGGUGGUGAGCUGGUUAUUCAUUCAUUCCGGAGAGACAGUGUCGGGAGGUAUCACUGUGCAGCGAUCAACACAGGAACCGACGGCACCAUUUUUAACGUGACCAGCGAUUAUAUCGAAUUCACGCUGCGAGGCUGAGCAAGCAGACCAGCAACCAUCCUGCAUCACAUACACCACCCUGAGGCACACAGAUAUGCGAGGGGAUGAGGAACCAGGUCAAGGUGAAGAGGGAAAUGUUUCUGUCAAUCUUCCACGGACAUUGUGAGACAGCACAGAAGAAUCCCUUCAAUGCCUCACAAAUUGAUGGAUAGUAAUUGUUCCUUCCAGAAAAUAAGGGGGAGAAGGAAGAGAGGACAGAGGAGCGUCAAGUUUCUGCAGCUGAGAAAUGGCUAAGCUUUGUUCCCAUUCACUCAGCCAGACAUCAACUCCAAACAUGAAUUUGCCUUGAGAAGCCAUCGGAAUAACUGUCUCUCACAUAACUCUGAGUGGGCCAAUUUCUUCUGCUGUAACAUGAUCUGAUCCAUGAUCGCAGGGGUUUGACAUUUUGUGCUGUCCAUUCCUAACUUGAAUAUCGAUUUAAUCUCCUGGUUAGUGGGUCAGGACAGAUGACAUAAAGAACUGAAUCUGCUCUGCAUUUAUUUUAUAAUUGUGGUGAGCUGGAAAUAAUUCUAGGCAGGAUUGUUCUCCAGCCCCAUCUACGUUACCCUCUAAACUUCAUCAUUUUCAAAUAUAUAUCCAGCUCUCUUUUCAUACCUCACAUGGAAUCCACCUUCACCACUCUCCCAGGCAGCGCAUUCUAAAUCCUAACAAUGCUCCGAGUAAAGAUGUUUCUCCUCAUCUCACUCCUAGCUGUCUUGGUGACAAUCUUGAAACUGUGACCCCUGGUUACUGACAUAGUGUAAAUAGAGUAUUGAACUUCACUCUGUCAAAAUUCUUCACAAUUGUGAACACCUCCAUAAGGUUUCCUUUUAUUCUUCUCUGCUCCAAGGGGAAUAAGCCUGAUUUCAUUAAUCUUUCCUUGUCAGUAAAAUCCUGCUAUCAUUCUAGUAAUCUUCUUUGAACCCUCCCCAGAGGCUUCUUCCUUCAAUAAGGUGUCCAGAACUGAACACAAAUCUAGUCUGAGCAAUGUGGUCUUAGCAAUGAUUUGUAGAGGCGUAGCAUUACAUCCUUCCUUUGAGACUCAAUGCCUCUAUUUUUAAACUCAAAGAUCCUUUGAACCUGCUUCACAACUGUUUCAACUUGCCUGGCCACCUUUAGAGAAUAAUGCACAUGAGCCCCAAG